AGGAAGUGCAUUUCUGCUUUCGUCCUGUUACAGAGUUUUCACACUCAGAGAGAAAGUGUCACUGGAUAGUAGCAGGAAUGGAUUUUCUUAUUGUUUUUGGCAUAUUCCUUGCGGGGAAAACUGCUUUAUGUGACCUUUCUCUGAAUGUGGAACACACAGUACAGGGUUUUAGAGGUUAUUCUGUUGUCAUACCCUGCACUUACGAACCGUCUAAAGAGUACACCGAACAAGAAGUAUUAUGGUUCAAAGGAUCAACAAAACUUUUUCAGCGGAUUAAAUCAGAGGAUCAUGUUUUUCUUGGAGAAUUAAGAGGCAAAAUCACUGUGUCAAAGUCUCCACCUGGGGAUGUCUCCCUAACUAUUAAUAAACUGUCAGCCUCAGACAGAGGUGACUAUGAAUGUCAAGUAAUCAGUAAAUCAAUUAAUCUGGGGACAAGAACCACUAUGACCGCUAUAAGCACUCUUACAGUGUCAAAAGAAGCUCCACCAACUGAGAAGCCAAAGGUGAACAUAAUUACGAACAACAUUCCAGAUUUGAUGACCAGUAAGAAAGUAAAUACCGAGAGGAAACCUGAUGUUAUUACAGAAUUUCCACCCACAGUAAAUCCAAAGGUGAAAAUAACUACGGAGUCCAAAACCAACAUUAUGACAAAAUUUCCCUCCACAGUGAAGCCAAAGGUGCAAAUAAUUACCGAGUCCAAACCCAAAAUAAUGACAGAAAAUGCACCCACAAAAGGCAGAACUACAAAGUUCCCACACACCAAUUCUCGGGAAAUGAAUCCACAUCCCAGGACAGUCACAGCAUCACUUCCGCACAACCAAAUGGCAGGAUUAACAGGGUUUGGAGGCCCUCUUUAUAUCGUGCUAAUAUUUGGACUGGUCUGCUUUAUAUCAACAAUGGUUCUAAUUGUUAUUGUAAUCAAACAAAGGAAUGCAAAAAAAGAUGACAAUGUCGGCGUUCUCACUAUGAGCCAACUGGCUGAAGACAUAGCUAGCGCAACAACAACUACAUACCAAUGCCAGCCUGGUGCCAGUCAGUGUUCAAUACUUUUGAAUCAUUAUGAACCACCUACAGAUAACACUGAAUACCAGAACUUUAACGCUAUACAGGAAAAUGAUUAUGAAUUUCUUCUAACAGAAAAACAAAAUAACAUCUAGACAAAUUAAACACCCUGCCCUUGUGAUAUUUUCCAAGGAUGCCACAAAAUCACGUAUUACAAAUAAAACAAAGUAUUGCCUCAAAAGACUGAUAGAGUGAUAACGUUAAAUAUCAAAUAUUCUGUUAUCAGCAGAACAAUAUUGUGUUUUUUAUAAUAUAAUUUCAAGUUUCCUGGUAGACAACAUAAGCAGUUAUCUAUAUGCAUUUAUGCACAAUGGUCACCACACAUAUUGUUCAUAAGUCCCAGGUUAAAGUCACCUAUCUAUCUAGGCUCUUUAGGAGUUCGGAAGACAUAUAUAAACAUUUUGCUCAUCAAGACCUUUUCUGCCUCUCCUUUUCAACUGUUGCUGUAUUUCUACUUUUUUGGGUCCAAAAAUACUGAUGAAAAUGACGUCAUGAUUUAUACAUUAGAAAGCUACCAAAGGUAACAAAAUACUUCGUAUAAGAUAGGUUCAGCAGAACCAUAGAAAGUUAAGUAAGCAUCAUGGUUGGUUGAGCCACUUCCUGGUUUGCAGAAACUCCAAGCAAGUAGAUUUGCAGAAGGCAGGGACUUCAAAUGUAUAUUUUUAAUUAAUGCUUGUUUGUAUAUAAUUUAAUGCUUUUUCAAAGUAAAAAAUAAUGGAUACAAUACAGUCUGGAGUGCCCCUUUCAUACUGCUCGUUUUCUGCGGUAGGUUGUAAUUGACAAUAUAGUCUUUAACUCAUUAAGGUCCUGGUUAGGCUGUGGGACAGUCACAACACUGGUUUCAUGUUGUAUAAUUCAAUUUAGGUUGCAUACCUCAUAAAUAUAUUAAACUUUAGUCUUCAAAGAAAACAUUUCAACAUUCUCACUUGGCAUAUUCCAGUUUCAGAAAGUGUGUAAUCCAAGUCAGGCAAUACAUUUGACAUAUCAUGUGCCCAUCUUUGUGUAGUAACCUGGACAUGCAAGUGAAAAGGGAGUGUUCUGGGACCUUGUCAUUUCAUCCUCAUAAUUCCAUGCAAUAUGUUCCUUUUUUAGCGAAAACAUCUAAAUAGAAGGCUAUAAGAAAGAUGUAAUAUGAGGUUUUAAAUAAUAUAUGUACUCCCUUUGCUAGUCUUUACAUUGUUUAUCAAUAAAUUAAACUUGUUUGUCAA